AUGGCGCUGUCAUCGCUUCAUGAAGCCUGCUUUUGGCUUGCAGAUGCGAUGGAGCAAUAUUGGUCCGGUGACGAGGCUUUGAAUCGCAAACAUUCGGCCGUGAUAUCAGGACUGAGAUCCUCGUUUUCUGAGCCAACCGAGGGGAAUCGUGCUGUCCUGGCUCUUAUGCCUUCUCUCGUCAGUCAUGUCAAUGAGAUAAUCCAGAAUGGACAACCGGAUGGAUUCAAGACUGCUAUCCUUAGCACUCUUGCAGAUUCGACGCGAGAAGUACCUUUUUGGCGACCUCUAUUUGGUCUCGAGGCCAGACCAGAUGGCGCGACGAACGAAAAUGAGAUGAGGGGGAUAUUCCCCCCCGACUGUGUUGUUGAAGUCGCAAGGAGGGUUGUCUCCGAAAUUGCCCAAGCAGGAACUAGCGAACUGUCAAGGUCUGCGCUCAGAAUUAUCGCCAAUUGUUGCGCAGACAAUAAUGUCAAUCGCUUCAUUAUUGUUGAGCGUGGUGGCAUUGAAACGAUGCUAGGAAUGGUCACACAGGGACUAGAAUGCGAUCUUGUGAUUCCCACCCUCUACAAUGUCUGCGUCGAUUACGAUGAACCCGCGAGAGAUGCGACGGGCCAGCCAUGGGUCUCCCUUCAAGAGAAGAGAGCAAAAGAAGACGAUGAAGCAGACUCAAACACGGCUGUCAACGCCGCGGAGCAGAGACUGGGCACAUAUUGGUUGCCGCACGAGGGACUGACGUCCUUUGAGAUUUUGCUCAAGGCCAAAGAUUCUGGACAGGUCUCAAUGGAGAGAUUGGCCGACCUGAUUGAAAUGGCCAGCCGAGCAGCACUCUGUGGGACGCACAAUUUCGUUCACCAGGCCAAUGGACAUGCGGCGGGAGACGUGAUCGAAAUCGACACUACCGCAGACAUUGUUCACUCGUUAUUGACGCAUGGCUUCGAGCUUGCGAAAGAGGACACGGACUGCCGAGCCUCGAUUUGCCAAGCCGUUCUCAACCUCCUCUCACAAGCGGAUACUCACCACAUCGUUGCGAGGGACUCCAGCAUGAUCUGGAACCUGAUCCACUUACCUCAUGCAAUGCAUGGUCUGGACUAUGAGGAUGAUGAUACUGAUGAAGAUGAGCAAGCCCUCGCUCCCUACCGCGAACCGAUCCUCAAGAUGGUCUACAGUAUAUCGGCCGCAGAAACGUAUGAACAGGUUUCCGAGUCCCAAUCACCCCUCAUUCGCAACUGCAUAGGAGCUCUCGAAGUUGACAGGCCGCGGGUCUUCUUAGCCAGCAUUUGUGUGCUGCUAGCCAACAGCGUCGUUUCCAAAGAACGCGCCGAACAACUCAUUCGGUCCGCCCCAAACAUGGCCAACUUCUUGUCUGAAUUGAUCACCAAGACCACCGACUCAGGGGUCCUUCUUCCCGCCCUUAGCCUCGCCACGCGACUGUCACUCUGUCCCGAGGGGCAAGAUGCGUUUCAUCAAACCAAUAUGGCGUCGGCAGUAUCAGUACUCCUUGCCUCCCCCAAGAGCGAAAUCGAUUCCCUCGGACUUGAAAUCCAACGCGACGCCGUCGUGCUUGUGAGACUGAUCAUCAAGGGACGUCUGGAAUACCUUCCUGACUUAGCAUGCAACAGAGAAGAUUCGUCGUCCCAUGCUAACAUCAUGGUUCUAAUAUUGUCUAUAUUCGACAAGACAAGCCACCCGGACACGAAGACCGAAAUAGGAAGACUGUCAAUUGAAGUGCUCCGCACGCUGCUUUCGUCCAGACAACAGUUGACCAAUGCAACCGAAAAAGACCGACCAGAUCGUCUGAAUCACAAAACCGCCGAGUCACUCUUCCAAUCCAUCUUCCCCCUUCCUCAGCCAACAACACCCUCGCCACCAUCAACCAUAGCAACGACGCCAAAUCCUUCAAGAGCUACAAUCGCAGAUACAAUAUCCUGGAUACUGACGCAGUCUAUAACCCAGAGCCAGUCCCAGUCCCAGUCCAGCGACUCACCCUCAUCGCCACAGUCAUCCUCACUCUCCCACCAAGCCGAAGCCGAAGCUUGGUUCGGGUUCGGCCUCCUCUCCACAUUCCCGUCGACACACAGCUCGAUCAGAGCCGCCCUCGCGCGGGAUGACUUUCGGUUGUUGAAACGGCUUCGCGAGAUCGCUCUGCUGCAGAACACCCACUCUUCACGCCCGGGCGCUCAAUCACUGGAUCCGAGGUAUGAGAACAUCAAGGUCCUCGUCGCGAGGAUGGGUCAGCAGCAGCAACCUGCGACCCAGCAGCUCCCACUCCAAUCGUUGACCCUAGACACCAAGGCCCCGAGGCCAAGUACAGCGGCGGAGGAAGAGCUAGAAGCAAACAGACAGGUUCAAGCUGGUCUGGAAGCCGCAGCUGCGGAGAUGGGUCUCGACUGGGUAUUCAUUUGA